UGGACUGCAUGACACCCAGAGGAAGAUCGCAGGGAAGCAAGUUACUGCCAAUGCACCCACUGGAACCAGUGACCUUUGAAGAUAUAGUUAUAGACUUCACAAAGGAAGAGUGGGCUCUGCUGGAUACAUCCCAAAGAAAACUGUACAGAGAUGUGAUGCUAGAAAAUAUCAGUCAUCUGGUCUCCCUGGGGUAUCAGCUCUACAAAUUAGAUGUGAUUUCCCACCUGGAGCAAGAAGAAAACCUGUGGAGUCAAGGCACAAGAGUUUUACAAGACCAGAGUUCAGGCAGUGCCCUUAACAAACAAGAAAUUAUACACAUGCAAAGAGACACAUCCACAACAAUGCCAAUGGUGAAAGCUCACAUUCAAGAGGAUCCCCUUGAGAGAAAUGGUUUGGGAGAAGAUUCCACAUGCAGCUCUAUGUUUACUCAACAUUUAUCUUGCACAGGAAGCAAACCCCUUGUGCGCAAACAGUGCGGAAAAUCAGCCAGCGGCCACUCACACUUUAAACAACAUAAGAAAAUUCCGAGCAGAGGUCAGUCCUACGAAUGCCAGCUGUGUGGGAAAUCCUUUAGCAGCUGCUUUAGCCUUCGACGGCACGAGAUGGCACACACGGGGCGGAAACCGUACGCGUGCCACCUGUGUGGCUCAGCCUUCAUCCAAAGCUCUGACCUCAACAAGCACAAUCUAACUCACACCGGAGACAAGCCAUAUGAAUGUCAUGUAUGUGGCAAGGCCUUCAGUCAGUCUUCUAACCUUAGACAGCACGAGAGAAUUCACACUGGCGAGAGACCAUAUGAAUGCCAUGUGUGUGGGAUGGCUUUCGUCCAAACUUCUGACCUCAGGAAACACCACCUAAGUCACACUGGCGAGAAGCUGUACGGAUGUCAUGUGUGUGGGAAGGCCUUCAGCCAGUCUUCUUCCCUUAGACAGCACGAGAGGAUACACACUGGCGAGCGACCCUAUGAAUGCCACAUGUGUGGGAAAGCUUUCAGCAAAGCCUUUUCUCUUAGAAGACAUGCGCGAACUCACUGGGGAGAAACCACGGGAGAGUCACCUGUGCGGGGAAUCCCUCAUCCUUCAGUGACCUUCCCUUUGGAGACAUAG